UUCCUACUCCCGCAGAUAAGGUUAUGAUUCAGUCUCAAGGGAGCCCUGGUCCUUGCACUAAAAGCCCUCGGUUUCACCUUCCCUCGGAGGUGAUGUAUAAGCCAUCAAGAAACUCGAGGCUCACAGACAGAGCCAGAUUCCCCAGUUAUGUUCCCUUUUCCCGUUUUUGCCCCUCACUUUGGGGGGCUCUGCGGGAAACCCAAAGCUCCACAUAGUGACCGGGUAGGUACAUGAAGUGGAGGGACAGCUGCUGCUCAAAUUCAGACUCCCAAGGAGGUACCACAAUCCCUUGCUGGGGAUGGAAUGGACUGUGCUCUUCUGUGAUGGUCGGAAACCCUUGCUAGUUGCCUCUCAUCAGAAACUGACCAUUCAGGGCAAUUAUGAGUCACAAAGCACGAGAGGCUUGGGCCUCAUGGACCCCCACCCAGACGCUGAGUGACGCCCACGGUCACUUCACAAGGCAGAAAUUGUUACAGAGGUAAUAAAAGGCAACGCGGCGGCCGGGGCCUGGGAGUGGGCACAUGGGGGUGCGGGUGUGCAGGUGCCAAGCGCCAUGGGUUAGGCCCGAGAUCGGAGUCCGGCCGCCCCCCGACAGCAGCCGCCUCCUGCUCCCCCCGCGCCCCAGGCGCCACCAUGUCGGGCGACAAACUCCUGAGCGAACUCGGCUAUAAGCUGGGCCGCACGAUCGGAGAGGGCAGUUACUCCAAAGUGAAGGUGGCCACGUCCAAAAAGUACAAAGGUACGGUGGCCAUCAAGGUGGUGGACCGGCGGCGAGCGCCGCCGGACUUUGUCAACAAGUUCCUGCCGCGAGAGCUGUCCAUCCUGCGGGGCGUGCGGCACCCGCACAUUGUGCACGUCUUCGAGUUCAUUGAGGUGUGCAAUGGGAAGCUGUACAUCGUGAUGGAAGCCGCCGCCACGGACCUGCUGCAGGCGGUGCAGCGCAAUGGGCGCAUUCCUGGGGCGCAGGCGCGCGACCUCUUCGCGCAGAUAGCUGGCGCCGUGCGCUACCUGCACGAUCAUCACCUGGUGCACCGCGACCUCAAGUGCGAAAACGUGCUGCUGAGCCCUGACGAGCGCCGCGUCAAGCUCACUGACUUUGGCUUCGGCCGCCAAGCGCAUGGCUACCCAGACUUGAGCACCACCUACUGUGGCUCAGCCGCCUACGCAUCACCCGAGGUGCUCCUGGGCAUCCCCUACGAUCCCAAGAAGUAUGACGUGUGGAGCUUGGGCGUCGUGCUCUACGUCAUGGUCACCGGGUGCAUGCCGUUCGACGACUCGGACAUCGCCGGCCUGCCCCGGCGCCAGAAGCGCGGCGUCCUCUACCCCGACGGCUUAGAGCUCUCUGAGCGCUGCAAGGCCCUGAUAGCCGAGCUGUUGCAGUUUAGCCCGUCGGCCAGGCCCUCUGCAGGCCAGGUAACACGCAACAGCUGGCUCCGCGGGGGAGACUCCGGCUAGAAGCCGAGGUUCCCGCCAUUCCCACCGCCCGGAGCACUAAGCCAGCGCAGCGCACACGCUAGAGGCGGCUUCCGAGAACCCUGGAAGCGGCCGCGCGGUGCGCGCACGCGUCCUCUCCUUUCCCUUCCCCACCAGGGUGGGGGCCAUAGUUGCCCCUGUUCAGAAUCUAGACCCUCCGCGAUCCUGAGAGCUGGAGGGCGCACGCGCAACUUCGAUUCCCCGCGAGAAAACCCCAGGAGGGGCGACUCGGGAGGAGACGGAAGCAAUGCGCCUGCGUGGA